GUCUGCUCAGCGCGCGAGCCCAUCUGCAGCAGAUUCUUAAGGGAUUGUGAUUUAAACGGCGACUGCCAUGCAGCCCGCUUGGCGACAGCAGGGCAGAGGGCGUGGCCGGGGUCAGGCUCCACAGAGACAGGAGGAUGGAGGAAGAGCGGGGCGAGGAAGAGCAGCUUCUGCUGUCACCACCCUUCCUAAAGCGGAACCGGCUCCUGCGAAAGGUACAACCACGGCUCGACCGCACGUACGUAGACGCGGCUUGAUGCACCAUGUCUCUCCCACAGGCGCGUCCUCCCAGUCCAGAUUCGAGGAGAUUCGGAAGACCAAUCAGGCUGCAGCUCAGAGAUUCACUGAGAGCCAGUACAGCUCCUCGGAGGAUGAAGAUGAGGACGAGGAUGAGGUGCUCGGGAAGCGAGGAAGGAUCCUGGAGUCGACUCUCACCACCUACACCAGUCACACAGAAGGUGACGGUCUGGAUCUGGAGAGGACCCGUCAGUACCUGAAUGAAGCCUUUCAGUCGGGAGCCAUCACCUGCCUCAUCUGUAUCGCCUCUGUGAAGCGAACACAAGCGGUGUGGAGCUGCGUGGGCUGUUACUGCAUCUUCCACAUCCCCUGUAUUCAGAAGUGGGCUAAAGACUCCGUGUUCCUCGUCUCCUCCGUGACGGACGAGGAUUUUGGGAAAAAAGAUCACCCCUGGCCCUGUCCUAAGUGCAGGUACGAGUACUCCCCCCAGCAGACUCCCACUCGCUAUUACUGCUACUGUGGGAAGGAGGCGGAUCCUCAGCCCGACCCUUGGCUCCUCCCACAUUCCUGUGGACAGGUGUGUGACCGAGAGUUCAAACCAUCAUGUGGGCAUCGCUGCCUCCUGCUCUGCCAUCCAGGUCCGUGCCCCCCGUGCCCGAAGAUGGUGAGUGUAUCGUGUGCGUGUGGGAAAGCGGCUCCUGUUCCACGCCGCUGCAGCAACAAGUCCUGGAACUGUGGGAAGAUCUGCAAACGUACCUUAGCCUGCAAGAUACACACCUGUACACACACCUGUCACGCAGGUGAGUGUGAGCCGUGCCCGAGAGUGAGCGUACAGAAGUGUGUGUGUGGGAGGAAGAAAGCCGAGCGCCAGUGUGCCAGCCCCGUGUGGCACUGUGACCAGGUGUGUGGUCGUCCGUUACCAUGUGGGAAUCACACGUGUGAGCGUGUGUGUCAUGCCGGUGUGUGUGGGGAGUGUCCUCGUGCUGAGAACCGUACCUGUCCGUGUGGGAAGAGCAAAUGUGCGCUGCCGUGUACCGCCGAUGUUCCCACCUGUGGAGACACCUGUGAUAAAAAACUGGACUGUGGAUUACACACCUGCUCCAUGCGCUGCCACAGGGGAGCCUGCGAAACCUGCCGGCAGGAGGUGGAGAAGCAGUGUCGGUGUGGGCGCUACGGUAAGCGCAUGCCCUGCCAUAAGGAGUAUCUGUGUGACUCUAAAUGCAACCAGAUGCGCAGCUGCAACAGACACCAGUGUAAACGCAAGUGUUGCCCGGGCAGCUGCCCGCCGUGUGACCUGAGCUGUGGCAGGACGCUGGGCUGCAGGAACCACAAGUGCCCCUCGGCCUGCCAUCCAGGGAGCUGUUACCCGUGUCCUGAGGUGGUCCAGGUGAAGUGUGCGUGUGGUACCACGUCUCUGAGUGUUCCGUGUGGACGAGAGAGGAGCACCAAACCUCCCCGCUGCAAAGAGCUCUGCAGGGCUCCUACGUCGUGCCACCACCCGACCCGUCAGCAGCACAGGUGUCACUUCGGGGUGUGUCCUCCAUGCCAGCAGGUGUGCCAGCUGACCUUACCCGGCUGUACUCACCUGUGCCCGGCGCCGUGCCACGACCAGGUGCUGCUUAAAGCCAACAACAGGGUUCAGUUAGCAGGUCCGUGGGAACAGCAGGCAGCUCCAGCCUUUGAGUUCAAAGCAUUACCCUGCCCGCCCUGCCAAGUGCCCAUACCUACGGCCUGUCUCGGGGAACAUGAGGUGAGUCCCGUGCCGUGUCACGCUCGUGGGCCCUUCUCAUGUGGCAGGGCGUGUGGGCGAACUUUGACCUGUGGUAACCAUACCUGCAGCCUGCUGUGCCAUGCUGUGACCACCGACCAUAACAGGGAGAAAACAGCGGCUGGGAGGGAGUGUGAGCAGUGUGAGGAGGGCUGCUGUAAGCCCCGCCCGCCCGAAUGCCCCCAUCCUUGUACCCUCCCCUGUCACCGUGGCGACUGCCCACCCUGCACCCAGAUGAUCAGGCAGAGGUGCCACUGCAGGAUCACCACCCUGUACAUCGAGUGCCUGAAGCUGAGCUCUACUGAUGAUGAGGGUAGGAAGCUCCUCACCUCCUGCAAGAACCAGUGCCCUAAACAGCUGCAGUGUGGUCAUCGCUGUAAGGCGCUCUGCCAUGCUGGAGAGUGUGAGGAGAACUGCAACCAGAAGGUCAAGGUUAAAUGUCCAUGCAAGAGGAUCAGAAAGGAGUUCUCCUGUUCUCGAGCCAGGCAGGAGGAGAACCUGGUGGUGUGUGACCACACCUGUAGAGAACUGCAGAAGAAAUACGCUGAGGAGCGAGAGGCUGAGGAGAGAGCCAUCAAGGAAGAAGAGCUGAAGAUACAGCAGGCUGAGCUCGAGGCCUUCGAGAGGCGCCAGAAAGGAAAACGGAGGAAGAACAGGCGCAACACGGAGGUGGAGACAGAAGAAGGGGCGUGGCUUAAAUACCGAAAGUACUUCAUGGUGCCGGUCUGCGGCGUCCUAUUGGCUGCUGCGGCGUUCUACCUGCUGCAGGUUAAUUAGAUGUUUGGGUUUGAAGGAACAGCUCAGAGGAACCUCAGGAACCCAGCAGAUCUCAGCCGUGUUCUACAGUGUUUGCUCUCUCUGAGGGUUUAUGAUGAAGCUUCUGGCUGCAUGAUGGUUUAAAUAUUGAUGAUUUAUGAUUUUCUUGACCUGAUUGAAGUGAGUCUGUUCUAAAAAAAAUAAUAAUAAUAAAUAAAUAAAUCCUGAGUUUGUAUCGGUGAUUCGGUGGAGACGUAACCAAACACCGAAUCCACCGUUUUUAUUUCAUGUUUUAUUUUGGUUCUGAUGGAAAUCGAAUGGAUCGAGCUUUCAGAUCAGGAGUUUGUACCACAAAAACGUCCAAAUAUCAAAUAAAACUUUAACAUGGUAA